AUGGCGGAAUUUGUACGCGCCCAGAUUUUUGGCACCACCUUUGAGAUUACGAGCAGGUACACAGAUCUGCAGCCUGUAGGCAUGGGCGCAUUCGGUCUCGUUUGCUCAGCAAAGGACCAGCUCACGAGCCAGGCGGUGGCGAUCAAGAAGAUCAUGAAGCCAUUCAGCACCCCGGUUUUGUCCAAGCGGACAUACCGAGAGUUGAAGCUUCUGAAGCAUCUCAGACACGAGAAUAUUAUCAGCUUGAGCGACAUCUUCAUCUCUCCCCUCGAAGACAUCUACUUUGUCACCGAGCUCCUCGGAACCGAUCUUCACCGUCUGCUGACGUCCAGACCGCUGGAGAAGCAGUUCAUCCAAUACUUCCUCUACCAGAUCUUGCGUGGUCUGAAAUACGUCCACUCGGCUGGUGUCGUACAUCGUGACCUGAAGCCCAGCAACAUCCUCGUCAACGAGAACUGCGAUCUCAAGAUCUGCGACUUCGGUCUCGCCCGUAUACAAGACCCCCAGAUGACGGGAUACGUCUCGACCCGAUACUACCGCGCGCCAGAAAUCAUGCUCACAUGGCAAAAGUACGAUGUCGAGGUGGAUAUCUGGAGUGCAGGAUGCAUCUUUGCCGAGAUGCUCGAGGGCAAGCCGCUAUUCCCUGGAAAGGAUCACGUCAACCAAUUCUCCAUCAUUACGGAGCUGUUGGGUACUCCCCCGGAUGACGUGAUCCAAACCAUCUGCAGUGAAAACACACUGCGAUUCGUUCAGUCGCUCCCCAAGCGCGAGCGACAACCCCUGUCCAACAAGUUCAAGAACGCCGAGCCUCAGGCCGUCGAUCUCCUAGAGAACAUGCUGGUCUUCGACCCCAAGAAGCGCGUACGAGCGGAGCAGGCUCUCGCACACCCAUACCUAGCCCCAUACCACGACCCGACUGAUGAGCCGAUCGCGGAGGAGAAGUUUGAUUGGUCGUUCAACGAUGCAGACCUGCCCGUCGACACAUGGAAGAUUAUGAUGUACUCGGAGAUCUUGGACUACCACAACGUCGAUGCGGCGGCACAGGAGCAGGAGAACAACGGCAGCUAAUUACGCGAGGGUUCGUCCACUGUCGAGCCACAGCAAAUUCCAGUCUUUGAGGCAACACAAUACGCAGUUUGCCAAGGCUUGUCGUAUCAUCUGCCAGGUGCAGGUGGAUUUGGCUUUUCCCAAUGAUUCCCGAGGUCUUUUUGCCAAAGGCCAAUGUGACAUGAAGUGCGCGAAUAGAAGGGGCAUGGGUUUGCUUUGUCAUUUGAAUCACCAUUGAUGGUACACGAAAAGAAUGUUUAUGACAGAAUUGGGGUGGUGCUCCAACCUAGGCAGAAAGCUGAAUCAUGUUAUC